AUGCAACAUCGUACAGUAUCAGGAGCAGGUAUGUCAGUGUUAACUUCACCUCCAAUGGGUUCUCCUAUGCAGCUAGGGUCAGUUAUGCAAGGAAGCUCAAGUAAUACAAGUCCGGGGAUGGUUCCCCCCAGAUCUAACCAUGGCCCAGGAGGUCAAUCUCCAACAGCUUCUCAUGUUCCAUCCCAGGGACAUGGAGGUAACCAACAAUCAGCGACAAAUAUUAUAGUUUCACAGGGACAAUAUGAACCUACAUCCAACUUAUUAGUUGAUAUUAUAUGCGAAAUUGCAGACUUUAGUGUAGAUUUAGCUCUUAGAGUUUCACAAAGAACAGGAACACAAUGGAGGCCUAAAGUUUUGCAUCAACAAAAGCAACUUAAGAGACCCAUACAAAGGCAACCAUUAGAGGAUCCGAAUAAACCCAAGAGACCUCAUAAUGCUUAUACUCUGUGGUGUGAACACAUAAGGCAAAAGGUGCGAGAAAAGGAUCCGAGUAGAUCUCUUCAAAUAAAGGAUCUAGCUGAAAUGUGGAAGAAUCUCCCUGAAAUUGAAAGGGCACCCUGGGAACGUAAAGCACAGGAUGUCAAACAGAAAUAUCUCGUUGAUAUGGCGGCAUAUCGCACAACAUCUGGUUCACCAAGUCACCCUCAAGGAUCAUCCGGUACUCCACCUAAUUCCUCAAUACAAUCAUUAUCUGGCAUACCCAAUCAACGAGAGUUCUAUUCCUAG